AUGGAUGCUUCAAUUCCUGUCUUCGAGAAACCUCUACCUCGGUUGUCAGUGUUGGAUUGGACGCGAAAUAUACAGAGGCUACAAGAGGAGGCGAGGUUAAGGAGAUUUGAAAAUUACGAGCUGAGGCAAAGAGCGAAUCAACUGCGUAAUGAAACCGCGGUAACCACUCGAUGGGACACUUAUGUUAAUAAUGAAUUGUUGAGGGAUAGAAUUCACGAAAUCCAAUCUUGGCGCGAAAAGCAAAGGUUCACUCGCGAAUGUGUCAGAGACGAAAUCAGGGCUCUGAAGGAAGAGAAGAAUGCCACAGAGCUUCAUUUGGAGUACCUACAGGUGCCCCUGAUGGUGUCCUCGCAGUGUCUCUCCAAUAGGGACCAGAGGGUGCCGCCGGAGUUGACCAGGGACCAACUUGGGGAAGAGCUAAAUAAGGAGCUGCACAUCAUAGAGAAUAGCAAGCGCACGCUAACAGAUGUUUGCCAUAUGGCCUGGGAGAAGAUCAAGGAGUUGAACAACGUCUUCUGUAGGUUGGAGAGGGAGAUACAGAAUAAGAAUGACGCGUUGGAGCUGGAGUACCAUGUGAAAGAGCUGGAUAGGAACUGCACGGGGAUCUCGUACAAGUUGGACCCGACGAGGAUCCCGCCUGAUACAAUGUCAGAAGAAAGUUACGUGCAAUGCAUAGAAAAUACUAUAAAUAUCGCGCAACAGUUGAUGUCAGAGUCCAAGGCCCUCCGAGAGACAAUGUUCAAAGCUAGGGAAACCGCGCGCAAUCAGAUGUAUGCGCAGUGUCACGCUGUGGAAAUGAUCAUGAGGAGGCGGGUGUACGAUAUACAGAGAGCGAGGAAUGAGAUGGAGUGGCAGAAGUAUAAGCUCGAAUCCGGAAUGCAGAAACUAGACACCGAGAUAGAAACGUUACGCGCCGCAGUCGCGGACAAGAUCAACCCAACCAAGUUGGUGGAGACGAGGCUCGAGACCAGGACUAGGAGGCCUGUGCUGGAAAGAGUCAAUGACAAACCAAUGCGAGGAUUGAUAGAAGAGUAUGAGAGAGUCCACACCAGCAGUAAUCUCCUCGAGAAGAAGCUGGAAGAUGCUCUAACAACAUACCACGGCAUGUACAACCAUCACCAAAGAGUCACAAAGGACUUGCAAUACAAGAACCAGGCUUUGGAAACCGAUCGCAGACUUAUAGAGAUCCGCAAACCGCUGCACGGACCCGAAGAGACCGAAUUGCAGAGAAAUAUUGGAUAUUGCCAUAUGGCUGAUGAACUGGUUCCUAAUUAGACCCAGCAAAGCCAUAUUUGCCCUAAGGCCCCGUAAGCCCGUGCCUAUGGCGACCAGAUAUUAGGGAAUGCCCAUCGUAAGGCGACAAAAAAAUAGAUACGAUCUGUCAUAGAAUUAAAACGGAUUUUGGUAGAACUACAAUUUUUAAUAUUGCAACACUAAGUCGAAUAGUCGUGGUUGAUCUUUGGUUGGUUUAUAAACACCAUAUGUUGCCAACUUGCGAGUAGCAUUUUCUAUACUCGUUGUAAAUUUCGACAGACUGCACUGCAUAGUUUGUAAGAUAAACAGGAAUCGCUAUAUUCCGAUUACUGUGGUAGAAAAUGUUAUAAAUUUAGUAUAGUUAAUGUAGGGAACGAUUUCUUGUUGAAAAAAUAAAGAUCUCGAAGAUUCUCCCAUGGAAUUAAUAGGUUCUACGGAGUACCCACUAAUUCCAUGGAUCCACCUCCUUUUUUUUUGAAGUCGAUUAAAAAUAGCGCGCCAAAAAUGACAAAUUUCGAAUUCUUUACUACCUGUCAAACUGUAAAAAAUAUGCCUCCACUUUAGAAAUACGUAGGUUGGUUAACUUUUUAUAAAUCGUUCCAAUUUUAAAAAAAGUGUGUUCAAUAGAAUUUA